AUGAGGGCAAUAGUCGACUUUCACAUUACCGUCGCCAUUUUAGGUCAAAGGUCAAUCGGCGUAAACAGGAACCAACUGGAACCUAUUUUAGAUCCAUCACAAAAUGCCCUUCAAAGAGGGUUCACAUCCGGAACCUCCCCACUGAUGGCCGGACUAAUAAUCUCUGAAGCCUUCUGCGACGCAAAGGACAAUAAAGAACAAUUAAUCCUGCAGACUUUCGAUGCAGAAAAGGCAUUUGAUGUAGUGUGGCACGAAAAUUUACUAUGUAAACUAUAUAAAGAUGGCAUUGAAGGCGACCUUUGGAACUUGGUGAAAUCUCUACACACAGAUGCACAUACAAUAGUGAAAUGGAAUGAAAAUCUAUCACAGGAAAUAAAACUAGAACAAGGUAUAAGGCAAGGAGCUAAAUUAUCUACCUUAAUGUAUAAAAGAUUCAACAAUGACCUCCUAAAUGCACUACAGACUGUACCUGAGGGAGUAAAGAUUGGAACUCUUGACAUCACCGCGCCAACAUGCGCGGAUGACAUUGCCCUAUUAACAAAAAACCAAAGAGACGCGCAGAUUCUGACAAAUUUAGUGAAUACUGCUUCAAAUAAAGAUAGAUUUACUAUAAAUUCAGCAAAAUGUGAAAUCCUAACGUUUAAUACUCAUCAGAAAAAAUACCAGCAAGAAAUUGAAGUGAAGUUGGGGAAUGAAACUAUCAAUCAUGUAUCUUCCCUAAAACACCUAGGCAUUGAAAGAAAUUCAACAAAUACUCCUGAUGUCAGUCAGCGAAUAGAAACUGCCCGACGAACAUUGUACGCUCUACUUGGAAGUGGAAUGCAUGGAAAAAAUGGUCUAUCUCCUGUUAUAACUCUAAAUAUGUGGACUACAUUCGUUAUACCUAGAUUAUUACAUGGAAUUGAGCUCUUAAACAUAAGGAAAAUUGACUUAGAGAAACUUGAAAAAUAUCAAAGAAAGGUACUGAAACAACUUCAAAGUCUCCCUGACAGGACUGCAUCAAUUGCAACUCUAUCCCUUAUUGGAGCCAAAACGAUAGAAGCCCACAUUGAUGCUAGAAUUAUCACAACAUUUUUGAAUAUUGCUAAAGAUCCUGCAACAAUAGAGCACCAAAUGGCAGUACGACAGUUAUUGACAAAAUCUGAUAACAGUGCCAGUUGGUUUAUUAGAGCAAAAAGUACCCUGGAAAAAUACGAUCUUCCAGACCCAUUAUACCUGUUAAAAAAUAUAAAAAGCAAUGAAGAGGCAAAACACUGGAAACAGAAAGUAAAGAAGCAAAUAUCUGACUACUGGCAAAUCAAAAAUGAAAUUGAAAUCUCAGAAAAAGUUUCCCUACAACAUCUGAAAUUACAGACCAACUCAUGCAGACGACCUCAUCCAUUAUGGCAGUCAAGUACGUUUUCACCGAAGGCAUCAAAUAAGGCCAUUGUCAAAGCUCAACUCGUAACAAAUACCUACCGCUUACAGGACAAUAUUGAUAAAUUUAACCAACACAAAGUGAAAAAUGACUGCCUGUUAUGUAGAGAGACCACAGAGGACAGAUUACAUUUUUUACUAAAAUGUCCCACCUUAGAUUCUAUUAGACAGCCAUAUCUGAUGAAAAUAUGUCAUUACCUGCAAGAAAAAAUUGGCACACAGGAAUCAAAUUCAUACUUAUUGGAGGACACUAGAUUGCUACAGAUUAUUAUCGACCCCUCCUACUUCACAUUUUCAGAGAUUCCAUCCAGAAACAACAAAAUUCAGAUAUUUAUUGAGAACCUGAGCCGCAACAUGAUAUUUGCUCUACAUUGCCAUAGAGCUCAAAUUAUUAAAAAAAUUAGUACACAGUCUACAACCAACAGACCUUAA